CGCUUUGCCUGGGCAACAAGUUUUGGACCAGGACACGAAUGAAAGGGGAGGGACGCACCGCAGCUGGUACUACAUCCCUUUCCUCCUCUUCACCGCAAAUCGCAUUUUCUCUUCCACAUCCGAGUGCUUAAACAUCCUUCAUAUUCUGUCACUUGCACAGUCCUACCACAGACAAAGACCACAAUGCACACUACCUCUUUACCUUCUCAAUCCGAUUCAAUGACAGACCAACAUCAAGCUCAGAUGGGCCAAAACUCCUUCGCGUUGAAAACUCUAGACAAUGCGCCCGAAUUCCGUAAUCUUGACACUGCUCAUCAACGCAACAAGGCCCAACGUCCCCAGAAAAAUGUUGGUCAUCGAUGGCAGCCAUACCCGAUUCGGGGAACGCGAGACUUUCGCCAGCAUGAGUCUGCGCUUCAUGCCCAGCUUCUGCCUCAGCCACGUUUCCAAGCAUACCCUCCAGACUUGUAUACCAAUCAAAACUUUGUUCAGCCUGGACUGGCUCCCGAGGCAGACGAUGAAAUGUCUUUCACGUCCGAUGCUGGUGGUAUAAAAUAUGGACAAUCUAUGCAGUUGACGGUGGGGCCUGCAAGUGUUGCUCCCCCACCUAACACUUAUUCCCAUCAGCCGUGUAUGCAAGCGCAGCUGCCCGCACUCCCAGAGGGGGUGAAACAUUGGCUGGCUUUGCACUCACUGAAAGACCUUCAGGCGCCGAUCAUGCAGCAGCACUCCCCUGCCUCCUCCGUGGUGCAAUCUCAAAUGCAAGCAACCAGUUGCAACCAACGUUUCGACCAGGGAGUUGUACACCAAGCAUUAUUUGAAUGUGCAGCCGAAGGGAGCUCGGUGCAGCGUAUCAAGCGCAAGGCAGUGGACAGUGAUGGGGCGGUACGAAAGAAGCAACAGAAAAAUCCCCGCAUUCACCCUGAUAACGAUCCUGAAUUUCAACAGGUCGUCAAGGACGGCAAAAUCAUCUAUAAAUGCUUGAAAGAACAGUGUGUAGAGAUAUACCUGAAGGAAAGCAGCGUACACCAGCAUAAACAAACCAACAGGCAUCAAAAGCGAUCCAAUCGCUUACUGUGCAUAGGCUGUGGCCAUUAGUGAGUACCCCGCUCCUUUCAAAUGCGCCUUGGGCUGAGAUGUUGAUUUUCACUAGUUUCAGUCGCAGCGAUGGGCUCAAGCGUCAUGCCAAAUCUGACCAAUGUUCCAAGAACCAGGAAAAAUCUCGAGUUGUUCCACCCGCGAAUUCGGCCACCGGCACCUUCGCAGUAUCGCCCCCGGGCCCAGUCAACGUACCUCAAGAACCAUUCACACCUCGAGGGACAGGACUCGGGCCAGCGGCCCAGCGAACCCCACCCCUGUUUG